AUUAAAUAUAAAGAAAUAGUUAUACUUUGCCGCCUGUUGGUGCAAAACAUGUCAAAUGUGAAAUAGCAAAAGUACCUACUUUUUUGUUCUUUGGCCUUUGGUACUUAGAUAAUAGAUUUAGAAAUUCAAAUUCCAGUUUGAGAGUACUGUAAAUUAUUAAUUCCAAUAAUCAAUGGCGUCGAUUUCGAGUGAUGAAGAUCACAAGCCUUUGAUGUUUUUGGGUAAAGAUGUCUCAAGAAUUCCAUGUUUUCGUAAUAGUUUCCUAUAUGGAAUAGUAGGAGGAUUUACAAUGGGAAUUGGAUAUUUUUUGUGUACAAGUAGAACAUUAAGAUCCACACACUUCGGAUUUGGUUCUUUUGUUACGAUAUCUUCUGUUUAUUGGGGUUUGUGCAGAUACAACUAUGACAAUACAGAAGAAAGACUAAAUGAACUUAAGGGUAUUAUCAAAGCUAAGAAGAGUGGUGCUGAUAUCAAAGACUGAACGUCAUUACACAAAUUACGAAUAAAUCAUAUUCGUCGAUACCAACUAAUAUCCAUUUGUAUAUACAUCAGUACAUAAGUGUAUUUAGUUUGGUUUAAAAAUUGAAUUGUUCAAGUGUUAACAUAAGAAUAUCAAGGAAAGCAGUUCCUCGCAAGUACUGUUGUGUGCCAGCUGCUGCAGAUACUUACUUUAAGUAUAGAAGUAUAGACAGUAUAUAGUAAUCAAAGAAGGUUUAACACCAACACAUCAGAGCUUACUGUAUACCUAGUUAUUAUUAUGUAGAAAUUGUUUUUUGUUCAGUUAUUGUUAUAGACAAAUACAUGUUAAGUGGUUAUUAA